GCGUUGUAAAGUAUCUAUAAAAAAUAGGUCAGGCAGUAUAUAUAUAUAUAUAUAUAUAUCACACCGCGGCCUUUCCAUUGGUCCGCCUUCAUACCCCCCACAGCACUGUUCCUCUGCCUGCCAUUUCCCUUCCGAAUUCCAAGGCGGGUCAAGAGCAGGAUUAUUAUAAUCUACUAUGGCGGAUCAGCAUCGAUAUCCAACCAUUGCCCAGAAGGUAGCUAACCAGCUACAUCUUAGCUCCAGUUUCUCCCAGGAUGUUCAAGCUCGCUAUGGGGGCUUCCAGCAGCCCUCUGUGUACCAGAGGCGAGUUGCGUCUGGCAAUUAUACAAAUGCAGGACUACAGUAUCCUAUGACUUGCCAAGCCACGCAGGAUCUAUCCUUGAUUUCUGCAAAUGCUUCACCAGUGUUUGUUCAGGCUCCUCAAGAGAAAGGACUUGCCAGCUUUGCCAUUGACUUUAUGAUGGGAGGAGUUUCAGCUGCUGUGUCAAAAACGGCUGCUGCCCCUAUUGAGCGUGUGAAGCUUUUGAUCCAAAACCAAGAUGAGAUGAUUAAAGCUGGCAGACUCUCAGAACCAUACAAGGGAAUUGGAGAAUGUUUCAAGAGAACAAUUCAGGAAGAAGGAUUUGGAUCAUUGUGGAGAGGAAACACAGCUAAUGUCAUUCGUUAUUUCCCCACUCAGGCCUUGAACUUUGCAUUCAAAGACUACUUCAAGAGACUCUUCAACUUCAAGAAGGACCGUGAUGGUUACUGGAAAUGGUUUGCUGGAAACCUUGCAUCUGGUGGUGCUGCUGGUGCUUCGUCACUGCUCUUUGUCUACUCCUUGGAUUAUGCUCGUACACGUCUUGCCAAUGAUGCCAAGGCUGCCAAGAAGGGUGGUGAAAGGCAAUUCAAUGGUCUGAUUGAUGUCUACAAAAAGACACUGCAAUCUGAUGGUGUUGCUGGUCUUUACCGUGGAUUCAAUAUCUCAUGUGUUGGUAUUAUUGUGUACCGAGGAUUAUACUUUGGUAUGUAUGAUUCCCUGAAGCCUGUGCUCCUGACUGGAUCCUUGCAGGAUAGUUUCUUCGCCAGCUUUGCCCUUGGUUGGCUCAUCACAAACGGUGCUGGUCUUGCCUCGUACCCAAUUGACACUGUUCGUAGAAGAAUGAUGAUGACAUCUGGUGAAGCUGUCAAGUACAAGAGCUCUUUGGAUGCAUUUUCUCAAAUCCUUAAGAAUGAGGGCGCCAAAUCUUUGUUCAAGGGUGCUGGUGCUAACAUCCUUCGUGCCAUUGCUGGUGCUGGUGUGCUCGCAGGUUAUGACAAGCUUCAGAUGAUUGUCUUUGGCAAGAAAUAUGGGUCUGGUGGGGCUUAAAUAACACCGUAGGAAAUAGAUGGUGAUGAAAAUCUUUUUGUUAGUUUGAGAAUUCAUUCAAGGUGAAGUUAAAAGCAUAUUCAAUAAUUUAAAUUAGAGGGGGGUCUGAACCCAAACACUGUUCCCCUGAAGGGGUGUUUUGUUCCGGGAACCUUGUGAUUGAAGAGGUUUACUGAUGGAUUAUUAUGCUUACUGUUA